ACUCAGCUGACAGCUCAAAGUUAAAAGUGAUUAGAAGCUAUUGUCUACUCGAGAGAAAUAUUUUCUGUCGAGUUAUUCAAUUAUUAUGGCAUUACAUGAACAACUUGCUAAAAGUUUAUCCAUUAAAGCGGAUGACGAUUGGCCCGAAGAUAUAAUGAAAAAGAAGAGAAUAGUUCCCAUAAGACAAAUGAAUGUUGCAUGUAGAGACGAACUUGCUUUUACAUUCCAUUCAUUGAAUGAAAUGCUUAAGAUUGGAAAUGAAGAGGAUACUGCAAAGUCUCUAUUGGAUUAUUUCGUAAUCGACGUUGAAGGUCUUCCUCUUGUCUUGGACGGUCCAGUUACACUUCUACCGGGAGAAACGAAACUCUUUUCCAUUGAACGGCCACCUUUAAACUGUCUUACGGAUUAUUUGUUUUUCGAAUGCGACGGUACAAAACCUUUGCUGCAUAACGUUCGACUAAUUAAUGGAAUACAAAACGCUCACAAACAAGAAUUGCCAGUUAUAAUCAGCAAUCGUAGUAUGACUGAGAAGAAGUUACCCGAUAGAUUGGUUAUUGGUAAAGUUUUAGAAUUGGCUUCUAGCAAACAGUAUUCACUUCAUAAACCAAGACCACCAAGAUCACCACCCAAACACAUACAUUUCUCUCCCAGUAAGCCUAACGAUAAGCCUAGAGUAUCGUGUGAAUGUGAAAACGAAAGGCAGAAGAAAAAAAUAUCUAUGUUGAAUAGAUUACAGAGUGUAAGGAAUGAAAUUAAUGGCCUAUCAUUUGCUAUUAAUCGUCUAGUUAGUGAAAAAACUCAUCUUGUUGAGGAAGAGAAGAAAAUUCAAAAAAUUCUUAUGAUUUACAACAUAAAAUUUUCAUCUUGA